AUGUCAGGACGAUACGAACGAGUUAACGCCCAAGACGAGGAAGACUUUCAUAACAACAACAACAACCAUUUAUCAUCUUCGGUCCCCCACUCGCCACCGCCCUCGUUUCACUCCCGAGCCCCCUCUCCCAACCGUCAAGUCGAUUCCACCCUCGCCGAUGCCUUUGACGAUGACGACGAUAGCGACGAUGAAGUUGAUGACCGUAGGCGGUUGAUGCGACAAAACUCGACACCGUCGUUCGAUACUGCCAAUGCGACGCAAACCCCUGCUCAACCGGCUGCCUCGGCACCAGCGCCGUCUGCAUCAAGGUCAACAAGAGUUGUAGGAGGCGGUUCUGGAUCGGAUGGUGUUUUCGCCAACUUGUCUGCGCGUCCGGAGAGAGGCAACAGUGAUCCCGAGAAGGAUGAGCUACCACCGUCCUACGAACAAGCCGCCGCCGAUGCCGCCCCUCCAUACUGGGAGACAACAAUCCUCGCCCCCGGCAUGGGCGGACCUGACGAGGUUUACAUCGACGGCAUGCCAGUCGGAUCUUUCUUCUCAUUCGUCUGGAACGGCAUGAUUUCAACAUCCUUCCAACUCGUCGGUUUCCUCCUCACAUAUCUCCUGCACUCCACGCACGCUGCCAAAAACGGUUCCCGCGCAGGUCUCGGCAUCACCUUGAUCCAAUACGGCUUCUAUAUGAAGGGCGUCUCCGAAGACGAGCCCCCAGCGAUGAGUGGCCCCGAUGGCUACGCCGCCCCACCAGACCCAAACUCGCACAACUUUAAGCAAGGCGAUGUUACGGACGAAGACCUAGGCACCAUCAGCGGAGGCGAGUGGCUAGGAUACGUGCUCAUGGUGGUCGGCUGGUUCCUUCUUAUCAAGAGCGUCGCCGAGUUCCUACGAGCCCGUCGUCACGAGCAGCUCGUCCUGCAGAGCCCUGAUCGCGGCCUGGGCGUCCCGAUUAUUGCCGAGGGCGAGUCCUCUGCACGAGUAGUUUAA